UGAAACAAAACCCAAACCUUGGAGACCACAGAAUGAUCACGAUCUCAUUAAAACCUCCAUGGUGAAAAAACACCAUGAAGGAAAAAGAGUAUCAGUCUAAUAAAUGGUUGUAGGCCUCAUCCUAAACUUUUAUCUAUAAAUGGAGUGCAAUGCAUACAUUUCUACAAACACACACCUACACACAAAUUAAGCUUUGGCAUUUCUACUUUGUGAAGUUGGAGAAACAUGACAAUCCCCCCCUCCAUAGUGCUCCUCAUCCCAGAAGGUGUUUCAAACCCAUAUGCAUGCUGCCAGGACAACGGUUACCUUGGUUACGGAGGCGACAGCGUGUUCAGCCCUCUCGUGAAGAUCGCAGUCGAGAAAGUAACAGUGAACAACAACUACGUUCACCUCCGAUUUACUUACAACAACAAAUACUGGCAAAGAUCCAAAGACAAUUACAACCUCGUCGCGGUAUCAAACCAGCCAGUAGAGGACACGACAGACCCGUUUUGCACACUCUUUGAGCCGAGCGUGACAUCGGGUCAUGUGAAGUUCACUCACGUCCAGUCCGGCUUGUCCGUGCAGUCCACCUACGCUCCCAACAAUCUGUGCCUCAGCAAAGACUAUGGCUUCGGGAAUUUUGGGAUGACGGAUUGGGAUGCGUUGGUUAAGAUGCCUAAGCAUAUAGCCCUGAAAGGAGACAACGGGAUGUACCUCAAAGCCAUCCAACUAUUUGGUGCGCGCCUACAGUUGGGAUCGAACGAUGCAACCGACAAAUUAUCGGGCCACACCGUGACACUGAUGCCCGACGGACACGUGCGGCUAAAUUCUGAUUAUUUUGGCAAGUUCUGGUUUGUGGCUUCUUAUGAUGGUGAUUGGGUUUACGGAGAUUUUAAUGACGAUCCGAAGAGUGCGGAUACCACCAUGUUCUGGCCGAUUAAAAUCGACGAAAACACCAUAGCCCUUCAAAGCAAAGUGAACAACAGCUUCUGCAUACCUAAAACAGACGCAAAUGUGAGCGACUGUCUAGCUGCCCUGGCCGACUCUAUCCAGACAUCAGCAAAAUUCCAAGUGCAGGAGCUGGUGAUGUACAGGAAGAUCUACGACGUGAUUUAUCGGAUGGAGGACGCGAGGAUAUAUGGCGAGACUCCUUUUUUGGCUGGCACUACUACCCUCACCAACACCAAGGAUCAAGUGGAUACCAUGAGUGUGCAGAUCACAUAUCAAGACCAGAAAUCUUAUACUUUUAGCCGCGGGUUUUCGCUGAAAGCAGGGGUGACCGCCAGCAUCGAAACAGAGGUGCCCUUCAUAGCCGAGGAUAAGAUUGAAGUUUCUUUUGAGAUAAGCGGGUCGUUUGAGUGGGACACCACCACAACCACUACAACUAGUGUUACGGCUCAGGGCUCGGUUCCUGUGCCGGCAAACAGUACGGUUAAAGUUCAUUAUGUUGGGACAAGGGGCACUUGCAAUGUCCCUUACAGUUACAGUCAAGAAGAUCAAAGCUCCACCACCGGUGAAAUUACAUAUUAUGAUCUGACUGAUGGUAUAUACGAGGGAGUCAGUUGUUACAACUUCGACUUUAAAGUCGAAUAAUCUCAAGUCUACAUGUGUGCUGCAUCAUCGAUCACCUUUGCUUUUUUCAUCUUCGGAGGUUAAUUACUAACCUCCCAUCUAUCUUACGUCGUUUGAUACUAUGUUUAUUGUAACCGUCUUCCUUAAUACUAUCAAUAAAGAUCGAUUCUCUUCUUUGAAA